UCAUGGCAACCAACAGUGGCUUCAAAGUCAACUUAUCUUUAAUGGAUAAUGUACUGUGUAGGUGCUUUACAUAAUGAGAAGCAUUUCUUUUAUUCAUUGGAACCAUGGCUAGGGCUAAAAGUAAGCAGGUUAAAACAAUAAAUGGAGAAAAAGAAAUUGGAAUGACUUAUGCAGCGAGUAGCGCCACCAAACAGUACCAGCAGGUUGGUGUGGCGACCCUGGAAAUUUGAAAUUAUGCUAGCCAGAAUUAGUGCCGAAUAACUGAAGGAACCGAAUAACUGAUUGCCGGAUUUGUGAUGGCAGACCUGUAUUGGUUAAUUCCUCUUCUGGUUAUCUGUGUCUUCACUGUGCUGAUGGCACUAAGCUUACCACCAAGUCGGAUGCCCAUUGGCUUCUCUCAGGAAGAUUUUCAUUUCAGUAAACUGUACAAGUGUAUCCAUGAAGAAGGGAGAAAGGUUAUGUGUAAUGUUUUACAAACAAUAUGUUUAUGUAUGUAUUCCAGUGGGGAAAUAAUUUCCAUACAAGAUCACUUCAGAAAAAUGUUGAAAUGGAAAAGAGAUGAUAUGAAGAAAAAAUUUUCAGUAUUAGACAGGCCACAUCUGACGACAAAUCUAACAGCAAAAAUUAUCAAUGUACCGGUUUGCUUUAUGUGCAAGGUAAUAAUCACUGGAUUUCCUGAUAUUUUUAAUAAGUUGGAUAUUAAUUGCCAAGAUAAUAUAAAAUACAUAAUGGCUAAAAGGAAUGAAAUAUGCCAUGAGUAUCUGUCUCCUAAUUUAAAUUUAACACAUGAAAUUAAUGAGCUCAGGAGAGUUUUUAGGGAGAUUUAUAUAAGUGUAGGUGAGUAUUUCCAAAAAGACUUCAGCAGUACCAUUGCAGUUAUGGAGAAAGCUCUCAUUGAUGCUUGUAAUGUUCAGAUUCGUCAAAUUGACAUUAAAACAUAUGAGGAGGACAUUGAGGCAUUUAAAUCAGAUAGCAUUUUCAAAUUGAUUGUUAAUGGUCAACGAGAACUUAAGACUUUGUACUAUGAAUGGCUGACCAAUUUCUCUAAAUCAUCAAUUAGUAAUGUUUAUUCAAGUUUUCCACCACUUAAAAUUGAAAAUAGAGAUAUUUUAAUAACAGAGUUGCUGACAGUUAAAGCUAAUGAGGAAAAACUGCCUUCUGCAUUGUUAUGUUAUGGUUUAGAUGGAUCUGGUAAGACUUCCCUCUGUAUGAACAUUUUAAGCAAUUGGUGUAGCACUGUUGAAAAGAUUGUAAAUUUGAAGAGCUUUGAUUUGGUGUUUUUUGUUCAAGUACAAACUGUGAAGUCAAGUUCCCUGAAGGAGUAUUUUGCUAAGCAGUUAAUGACCCAAACAAGCAUGGAGUGUGAUUCACCUACUAUACCAUUAUUGCAGGAGCUAAAUAUACUUUUCAUUAUAGAUGACUUUCAUAAAAGUAAUGAAUUUUCAAGAGAGAUAUUGAAAGAGAUAUUUGAAAAAUUUAAAAAUAAACGUAUAAUAUUAACUACUCAUCCUCAGUAUCUGGAAAAUGCAAUUUUGUUAUCAUGUGAACAUUAUGUAAAUUUUCUGUCAGUUGAGAUUUGUGGCUUUGAUGAGCACAGAUUUGUGUAAUUUCUUGAGGAAGUUUUCACUGGCUUUAUUCAUUCUCUGUACAGUCAACAACAAGUACAGUAUGGAAAUUUCAUGUUAAGGAAUAUUAUAAUAAUCCACUGAGAAUCUUCAAAUUUUAGAUUAGAACUUUAUACUAACCACAUCUUUGUACCUUCAGUGUAUCCAUUAAAAUUUAUAAGUUUACAUAAUCUAGUAUAUGUAUUUCUGUAUAAAUGGGAUGGUAGAAAUAGAUUAUUCAAACAACCUCAUCGAGAAAUCUCAGCACUUAUGACAUUGGUAUUUUCCACCCUAAGUCUAUGAACAAGUUAGUUGCACUUUUGAUCGUAGGGACUACUUAUGCUGGCGCAGAAACAUCACUGAGGGAAGUGCUGUGGCCGGUGGCUGGAAAUUAACAUUCAACUGAUGCUUUGUUUACUCUUGCCCUCGUGUGUUUGCUGUAAGUAAGUAAGUUUAUUCAGGUAUACACAAAUACAGUUACAUAGAAUUAUCGUACAUAGCAGCAUAUGUGUAGAGAACCUAGGAUAACCCAAAAAAGUCAGAGUGACUUAUUUCCAUUGGGGUCCUUUUACCUUAUUAUUAUAAUAUAAAUGUUAUAAUAUUUUCUUAUUAUUCUAUAAUGAAGAUAACAUCUUAUUAUCAUACUAAAAAGACUAUCUACUACAUGAGGGUCAUUAAGACUAUCUACAAUAUGAGGAUCAUUACUAGGAAUAAGGUAAAAUAUACACGUAUGUUAGCUAAAAAAUAGAAAAUCAUUUCCCUCCCUUUCUGUAGCUACAUUCAUCAGACACCUUUUGGCACUCUUCUUGAACUGGUUCAUGCUAUGACUGGCUUUGACAUGUGCAGGCAGUCUAUUCCAUUCCUUUAUUGCUGUACAAUAAAAGGUGUUUGAAGCCUGGCCAAUGACUGGGUACUACAAAGUUGUGCUCUCUCCCCCUAGUACUAUGAUUGCUCUGGUUCCCAACCUUGACAAAAUUGACAGCAAGAUAUUCUGGACACUGUUUGUGAGCAAUUUUAUAAACAUGAUUUAGCUUCAGUUGUUUUACUCUGUCUUCAACAUUCAGCAUAUCCAACUGCUGUAAUUCAUUCUGGCCUACAUGCUCUCUUGGUCCCAGCCCUAGGAUGAAUCUUAUGAUUUUGUUCUGGGUGAUCUGCAGUCUAUCUUUCAGUUUUUUUUGUCAAGGAAGAGUACCAUGAAGAGCAAGUGUAAUCCAUAUGGCAUUGUAUAAGGGCUAGACAUAGGGUCCUGCGAGCCUCAGUAGGUAGACACUGUGCUUGUCUAUACAGGAACUUGAGUCUGGCAUUCGCUUUCUUUACUACACUGUUCCCUAUCAAUUCUCCUGACAUGCAUGGGUCAAAGGGGAUUCCCAGAUAUUUUACUGAUGAAACCAAAGUGAUGGGCUCCCCAUUACACUGGACAUGAAAAUUAUUUACCCUUCUCAGUUUAUGUUUCGUGCCAAAGAGAAUGGCUUCAGUUUUCCCAAGGUGUAAUGAUAGUUUGUUGUCUACUAACCAUUUGCUGCAAGACUCCAGUUCCAAUGUUAAAACAUUAGCUAUAUCUUGUGGGUCUUUACCUGACACUAACAGAGCACUGUCAUCUGCAUACAGUAGGAGUUUGCACUUGACACUGAUAGGCAUGUCAUUGACAUAACAUAAGAAUAAUAAGGGACCCAGAAUACUACCUUGGGGAACUCCACAUGCUAUCGGCAGGGGUUCUCAUUCCGUUUUGUUGAUUUUGACAAUUUGUCUCCAGUUGCUAAGGUAGGACUUAAACCAGUCUACAGAACCUAUACCGAUAGCUUGAAGUUUCUUACAUAAUAUAUUGUGGUUGACAGUAUCGAAGGCCUUUUGCAGGUCUAUGGUUACCAUACCUAUGAGGUUCCCCUUUGACAUUUCAGUUCUCAGAUAAUCCAUCAGAUUAAUUAGGGAGGUGUCGGCUGAGUAAGAUCUUCUAAAGCCCGAUUGAUAGCUAUGGAGAAUAUUGUUGUCAUUAAGGUACUUAACUACUUGAGAGUACACUGCCCUCUCUAGAAUUUUGGAUAUUAUACUGAGUAUACUAACAAGCCUAUAGUUGCUUACAUCAGACCAACUAUUUUUCUUGAAGAUAGGAGUAAUUCUGGCCUCCUUGAACCCAUCCGGUAUGGUAUUAGUGGUGAUUGAUAGAUUUAUUGUGUGAGCAAUAGGGAUUGACAGUUCAGAUGCACCAUCUUUUAGGAACUUAGAUGGGAUGUUAUCCAGGCCAGUGCUCUUAGUUGGGUUUAACCUACUUAGUUCUUUUUGAAUAAAGUCAUGAGAUACACUUACUAGUUGACAACUGUUUGGGGUUACCCCUUUAUUGGUAUAGUAUGUUUGAAACUAUCAGAGUCUGUGUUAAAGGUAUUUGAUGCAGCUGGUAGUUUACUUACUAGUGUUGAUGCAACAGAUGUGUAGAAGGAAUUAAAGCAAUUUGCCACUUUAGAUGUUUCGUGGCAUACCUCGUUAUCGAUAGUGAGUACUAUGUUAGACCUAUCUACUGGCUUAUGGCUAUACCCCAGCUGUUUUAGUUGUUGCCAGAGCUUUCUGGGGUUUUGCUUAUACAGUGGACCCCCGCAUAACGAUUACCUCCGAAUGCGACCAAUUAUGUAAGUGUAUUUAUGUAAGUGCGUUUGUACGUGUAUGUUUGGGGGUCUGAAAUGGACUAAUCUACUUCACAAUAUUCCUUACGGGAACAAAUUCGGUCAGUACUGGCACCUGAACAUACUUCUGGAGUGAAAAAAUAUCAUUAACCGGGGGUCCACUGUACUCUCUAAUUUUUGAGCAAUAGUGCUUUGCCUUUGCUCCUUUUAUAAGUCUCUGCACUCUGUUCCUCACCCUUUGGAAUUCAUUUAGUGCUGCAAUAUCCUCUCUGUUUUCUUGAAAUCUUUUUAGCAGCUGGUCUCUGAAUUUCAUAUUAUCUAAUAUCUCAGUAGUCAUCCAGGGUUCAGUUCUCCGUUUAAUCCUAACCUCUUUAGCUGUAUAUUUUGAGUACAGUAUUUACCUUGGAUAGCAGCCACAAAUUGGGAACUUACUGCAUUUGUCCUUGAAGCCUUAUUUAUUUCUCUGAGAUUUUGGGUCCCCACUCUUGCACCUAGAGGUGGACUCCAAUACAGUAGGGCCCCGCUUUACAGCGUUUCGCUUUACGGCAUUCCGCUAAUACGGUCAUUUCAAAUUAUGACCAAAACUCGCUAUACAGCUCCCCCCACCUGACUUUCUAAUAUGGUCACUGUGCCCCACCUGGUUUGUUUACAUUCUCUGUGAGAUCCAUAAGCACUAAGUCUCUCCAUUAUGUCUGGAAACUCCAAAAUUUUAAGUGUUUUUAAAAGUUAUUUCAUAUUUUAUAUAUACUCUGAUAAUUAUACUUAUGUAUACCUGUACUUAAAUAAACUUACAUACUGUGCUGGCAUGCAGGUACACAUUAAAAUCAGUAAGAGUGUUUUAUGUCUCCAGACGUCAUAUUAGUAAUGAUAAUAAUAAUCACCGAGUCUCAUUUAAAUGUCGUAUACAGGUGUCCCUCAACAUUCGCGAGGAUUAGGGGAUCAAGAGCCUUGCGAAUGUUGAAAACUCGUGAAUGUUUGGUGCCCCAAUAUAUUGUAGGGAAAUAUAAUACAAUACUGCUUAACUUGUUGAACCAUGAACAAUCAUAAAAUACAUGAAAACGUCGUAAAUUGUACUAAAUAUAUACAUGUUGUGCUUUAAUAACAUGUAUGUUAUUAAAUACCACAGACUCCACCACUGCCUCCACCAAUGCCUCCACCACUUCCUCCACCACUGC